AUGAAUAUUCAAAACCUCUCCAGUUACGAUCCCUUCGCCGAUCUCGGCGACGAGUCAAAGCCCGACGCUACCUCGCAGGCUACCAAGAAGCAGCAGACGCAGAACUACGUCCACAUCCGCAUCCAGCAGAGGAACGGUCGUAAGACGCUCACCACCCUCCAGGGCCUCCCCAAAGAGUAUGACCAGAAGAAGCUGCUGAAGGCCUUCAAGAAGGAAUUCGCAUGCAACGGUACCAUUGUUGACGACGAGGAGCUUGGCCAAGUCAUCCAGCUUCAGGGAGACCAGCGCCAGAAGGUGGCCUCGUUCAUCGUCCAGGAAGGCAUCACGCCCAAGACCGACGUCAAGGUGCACGCCACUCCACCCUCCGACUCUCCACUUCUGUUCCGAUCGCACGCCUUUGACGAUCUCCGAUUCGGCGCACGCCGAUCUUCCCAGCCUCGCCACCUCCUCACCCCAUACCACCCUUCCAGCGGACACUUGGACGCGAUGUCAGCGUCGUGCACCGAAGCGGGGCCUUCGCGCCUUGUUGCGGCCACACCGACGUCGACACGGCGCCAGCGCUGCCGCGGCCGCAGCGGUUGUGCGCCUCGCCGACGCGCCAGUGUGGCGGCAUGCAUGGCCGAAGACGACGCGCCCUCGAGCUGUGCUGGCUCGCCUGCUAGCGAUGUCGCGCUUGGCAGCGAGACCGCGCCCGUGUUUGGUGCCGGUACGACCUCGAGAGCAGCGUCGCGUCGGCUGAUUCCGUCCCCCCUCCUCCGCCUGGCCUCAGAGAUGCUCGAACGUUGCAACGCGGGCGUACGUGUGUGA